AUGUCAUCCACACCUUCCACAUCAGAUACUUCUUCUGAGACAUCCACGUCUCCAGCAUCUAAUGCAAUAUGUAAAGUUUGUGGAUUAAUUGCUCAUGGAUUACAUUUCGGUGUACUUGCUUGUAGAGCAUGUGCCGCGUUUUUCAGAAGAACAGUAGUGAUGGAACGUCAGAAAAAAUACAAAUGCAGAGGUGGAGAAGACAGAUGUGCAGUUAGCAGUACAGAUAGAUAUCAAUGUAGAUUAUGUAGAUUUAAUAAAUGUGUGGAACUUGGAAUGACUCCUGAAAAUGUUCAAUUUAAUCGAGACUCAAUACCUACAAGUAGAAAACGGAAAGAUGAUGAACCUAUAGUCCCUGCUCAUGAACUGAAAUCACUAUCAUAUCCGGAGAGUUCCCUGAUGGGAAAACCGCGGACAAUAAUGGAUAUCUCUGCGUUGGCUGCAAAAAUAAAAGAGAUUUUAAACGAGAAAACGGGUGGAGUCGAUGCAGUGACGAAGAAGAUGAACACACUUGAAGUAGCAGAAUAUGGAUUGAAAAAAUGGAGGAAUCUGCAAAGAUCAGAAGAAAAAUUGGAGAAUUUGACGAAGCUUCCAGUCAGACAGAUGUUUGCAAUUUUCGAGAAACAAAUGGUUGUAGUGUCCGAGUGGUUGAUACAGCAGCCUCAUUUCAGAUUGUUGGGGGAGAUUGAGAGAUGGCUCUACUUCAAAGCAAUGUGGAAUAUGUGGAGAAGGUUUGAACGAUUUGAAAUGUCUGUGAAGAUGUUUGGAACUAGAACUGUUGAACAAAGGAAAUUCGCAAUUUCGAACGAGCAAAUGAUCACAGUUGGGUUUCAUAUUGACUUCGCAGAGAUCACAGAUAUACCGAAUGAAAGUGUUCAAGAAAUGUUCAAAAACUCGAUGCAAAAGUUUUUUGACCAAGUCGCGAAACCUCUUCUGGAAUUAAGACCAUCAUCAGUGGAAAUGGCGUACAUGUUGACGACAAUGAGUUGGCAAGUUGCUGGGAAACAAGUGCAAGGAAAAGUGGUUGAAAUAGGAGAGCAAGUCUGUGACGAGUUGGCGAACAACCUGCACAGCUAUUAUUUGAAAGAAGAAAUGAGGUCAAACUACGCGGGACGACUUGUUCGUCUGAUGUCAGUGGUGAAUGCAGUGAUAAAGAUUCAUCAGGAACGGAGGAAAACUAUGGAGUUGGCACGGAUAUUUGAGAUAUUCAAAGUGGAAUUCUCGGAACCCGAUAUAUUUGAUUGUUGA